GCUCCUCACCCUUCGUGACAGCUGAAAUACGAUUGACCUCAGGCGGUCAUCGUCCUGCCGUCACCUACCACCCUUCUUCUGAACAUCAUCGCCUUCAACAGGCGUCGUCCCUGCGUGCGGGCAGGGACAGCUGCUGAGGGAGCGCUCAUCUAGCCAAGAUGUCGACUCAGCUCCCCAAGCAAGGUGCCCUCAAGUCGGACGAUCGCCGUCGCAACGACGAGGAGUGGCUCAUACGCGGCGCCAAUGCCUGGCUACUCAAACAGCACAAGGAGAGCAACCAUCCUUUGCCUCACAUCCCGGCCACCUGGAAUGCUGCCCUUCAUCAAGGCUAUCUUUUCCCUGCUGACUUUUGGCGCUUCAUUGCAAUCGCCUGCUGCCGUCGUCGCACGCCUCACAAUGUUCAGAAUUUUCCCACAACUGGGGAGUUUAGCCCCCUAGGCACAGAGCUCGCACUCAGCAGGCUCAACACGGCCUUUGAUACGUACGCCCACCUGCAUCCAACCGCACACCUCCAGAACACCUUCAAGGAGCAGGCCAUAACACUCGUCAAAUCUGUGACUGCUCAAGACGUCAGCCCUACCACUCAGUCGACCACUAGCUCCAACGCCAGCCCAAACGAAGAGGCCAAGUCCCGCAAGCGCGCGAAGAUCUCGAUCCCCGAGAGCUCACAGGUCCAUGGCGGCGCUGGACCACCUACCUUUUACUCUCCUAUCGACCACCCAGCGCUCAUCAAUGGCAGCGCAAACGGCAGUGGCAGCGGCGUAGCCAGCAGCAGCAACGGCGUUCAACAAGGUCCUGCUACUUCUCUGCCCCUACCUCCACCGCCCGCCCCUGCUGCCGAUCUGCUUCCUCAGCCUAGGCUAGCACUCCAAACUGAAGCACCCAAGACUAUCACUCAAGCCGCACUCAUCACUAGCACCACUUCUGAAUUUGCAGGGCCAGCUCACAGCAUCAGCAAUGUCAGAGCCCUCAUGGCUCUAGCCAACCUCACCAACCGAGCCAACUCCGAGCCUCUCACCUGCGUCUCGCCUACUGUGCUCGUCAAGAAGCCAGUCGACCCCGCUGUCGUCCAUGAUGGCGCUAUCUCUGCUGCAAACGACGCUAUUGCUGUCAGCGCCAAUGGCAAGGCAACGCAAGACGAUCCAGAGGUCAAGAGCAAAGAAGACGAGUCUGACGCCAAGGCUCGUGAACUGGCAGCUAGUGCUCAGAGUGGAUGCGGGGUCGCCUAGUCUGGCCACGCAGAGCCUCGACACUUUGACGACGACAGUGACGACCAAGAGGCUCAACUAGCCCGGGCGGCAAGUUCUCGAGCACACGACAAGGCCAUGACACGCGGCAAAUUAAACCAUACCCAUCUAACACCAUCGACUACCAGCGACUAUCAACCUUAGCUCCGCCAUCAAUCCAUACCUGUGUCACCUUACAGAUUCUCCCUAUGAUCUCUGUCUCUCGAGACCGACAACUCCACAUCAAAUCAAUACCAUCCACAGUUACAU